UUUUUCUUCUUCUCGUUCUUCUUCUUCGGCUCUCCUCGAGAUCUUCCUGUCUACCGGUAUAUUCAGAUAGAUACAUACAGUAAUGACAACAUCAACAACAACGCCAUGCACUCACCACUCUUUAGAAGGCACUGCCUUUCAGGCGGCUCUGGAACGAUAUGUAGAUGAGAACAAACCAGAUCCAUUGGUCCUGCAACAGAUCCAAGCAUGGGAAAUGGAGUGGAAUACUGAUGAUGCUUUGACUACAACUUCUCCUGAUACUACCUCUUUGGAACCUACCGAUUGGCUACAAGGCACACUCACGUGGAAAAGCGACUACAUGGUGGCGCAGAUUGACUGCUCGUCUUGUUGGAACCAUAAAAAGGAUGAUGAUGAUGAUGAUAAAGACAAGAAUAAGCAAGGAUUGUACUUUGUGCUCAAGGCCACGCUUCGAUUUCGAACCAAACAUGACAACAAACAUAACAAAGACGACGACAAUAAAGAUAAAAAGGCAAACGACAAGAUCCGGACCAAAAUGAUUCAACGAUUGAGACAAGACGAUUACAUCAAAAAGUUGCUUUCAUCGGAGGAACAAAACGACAACAAGGAUUGGAAAAUGCUGUGCGAAGCACGCGUCAGUAUCCAACAGCAGCAACAACCAUCAUCCACUGCCACUGCAACUACUACUUCCGUCGUCGAACAAUUGGAGGAACGAGUCGAUGUCAACGAUGCGGUAGCCGAAGGACUCCGACGAGCACUCUUUUCCGCCUCCGAAAGCUCUCUCGAUGUCAUUGAAGUAUUGCUCUCUUUGCCACUACUCCCGGGAUCGGCACAUACACUGUCGUUUGAUUGUCCCUUGGCGGAUCGAGCCAAAUUACGAUUGUUGGAAGAUGCCAUGUUUGAUGCCUGCGAACGAGAAGGCGAAGAAGAAUUGAUUGAUGACUUGAAAAUAUCAACAGCCAACAACAACGAUAAUAGCAACAAGGAUGAGAGUGAGGAACCGCCGUCCAAGGGAGGAGGAGGUAGACCUGUCAAGCAACAAAAAACGACAAAACAGCAGCCAAACAAUCGAUCCAACAAGAGAACGAAACGAUAGCAUCUACUGCGCACAUUAUUAAAUAAAUGUACAGUAGGGAUGAUGUAUGUGCCCAGCAUUGGUGGACACUAAUGUGUCACUGUAAAAAGGGCAUCCCACGGAAUGUUUAACUCCCAAUCGCUGCCAUAGGCGGGGAACAGAAUCCCAUAUUAUAAUGAUAGCCUGCUUUGCUUUUUAAAAUUAAAGGCUUACUACACUGUAGUCCUUGUUGCUUCAGCUGACAUUACACACGGAAUGGACUGCACACUUCUUUC